UUCUGCAAGCUAAAUGCUGGUUUAAAAGUUUUAUAAAAUAAUUUUUGAUUUAUUGGUAAAACGUGUGAAACAGAAUAUGAACAGCACGCCCCAAACGCACAUGUCGCACAUUGGUGCACAUAUCACGUGAUAUACGAUAGAUUGUUAACAAGACAACAAUUAUGUUUGCGUUAAAAUAUAAAUCGCUGUCUCAGGAACUUGGCAAAGUUACAAAGGUUAAUUUAACGCAGACCAGACUUGUGGCGUCGAAACGAAAGAAACCCUACAGGUUUAAGACUUGUUCGACGGCUAAGAAUCACGUUGGUGGUCCCAAACCACCCACCACCGAAACUGUUGCCUACUUGGCCCUCCCCGAGGCUUACGAUCCUGUAUUGUGGGGGAAGAAAGGAGAUGCAAACGGGAAGAACUGUUUGUGGCAUGUCAACUGGCUGAUGCAGCGAGAUAACAGACGAAGGCAUAUCGCUACAUACUAUGGCGCAUUAUAUACUCGACUACAAUGCAUUAGAUAUAGUGGUCAUCUACCAUUGGAGCUGAAGCAAGUUGCUGAUCAAGAAACCUCGGGGUUGCCUCGUGGAAGCGAUAAAAACUGGACGGUGAACCGAUGUGUCGUGACAUCUCGUCCACGGGGUAACAAAGAUAAAUGGAGGAUCAGUCGAAUGGUGUUCCGACAUUUCGCCGAUCACGGGAAAAUGUCUGGGGUUAAACGGGCUAUGUGGUGAUGAUGUCAUCAAUGAUGUCAUAAUGAAUACAUUGUUAUAUUGUGAAUGGUUUAAUAAAGUGCAUGUUAUGUGAAAAUAAUAAAUUUGUUUUAUUGACAG